UGUUAUUUUUGUUUAGCUAUAUAUGUUCUUUUUUUAGGCUCUAGCUAUAAUGGAUUUGAGUACUGAAGAUAGUGUGGAUGAGAAUUUCAUUAACGAAUUAAGUAAAUAUUUCCCACCUGGAACCCCACAAGAAGAUAUGCUUGCUAUGUACAACAAUCCUGAUGUGUUCGAGGAGUACAUGAACCAGAUACAACUACAAUAUAACGAACUUCAGCAAAACUACAGCGUGUAUAACGAGUGUGUAGUUCCCGUGGCAACACAAGGAUGGGAAUCAAUAUGGCAGCUUCUCCUAUUUUGUCUUAUAUUGCGUGUUCUUUGCCUGGUAAAACUUCCUAGAUGCUUGCUGAAUAUUUGUUCUGUAUUGCUUGGGUGUUUAUCAUUAUGGAAGUUUUACGAUCAAUCUAUGAUCUAUGUGUUGGCUCCUACAUUAGUUUUGUUAUCAUACAUCAAACUCAGGAAUCUAAAAAAUGGUUUAAUAGUGUCCUUUAUCGUUGCAGUAUACUUGCUAGCAUGUGAAUUCUUUCUUUUGAAUGCAGUUGAUUGGAAUAAAAUUAAAGGUUCAAUUAUGGUUAUCUCAAUGAAAAUAAUUUCCGUUACUUUUGAUGUCGAAAACGGAAUACUUACCGAGCAACUGUCUUCGUUAGAAUUUUAUGGUUACGUUUUCAACCCUGCCAGUUUGAUAUUUGGACCAUUCAUUUCGUACAACGAUUAUGAACAGUUAUUUCAUGCAAGUCCAAUGAAUCUCUCCUGGUUAUUUCACAGCUCCAAAUCUCUUCUCCUUGGUGUUGCAUGUUUAUUAUUUUCCAGUUGUGGAACAUCACAUUAUUUGCGAAAGUUAAACGAUUAUAUUCCUCAGUUAGAAGAUAAUAGAUGGUGGAUUGCAUAUAAAGAAGCGCUUACGUUUCGAUUCAGCCAUUACUUUGUGAGUUACAUCUCAGAAUCGACUUGUCUGUUAGUGGGGAUUGGAACAAUAGCCAUCAGUGGGGGCAAAGCAGUGUCUACUAAUGCACAAACAAAAGCAAAUAAAGAAGAAGAAAAGGGUAAAAAAUUAAAGCAGAAAAAUCAACAUAAAAAUUCAAAUGAAAAGAUUGAACAAGAUAAUAUAGUGAUCUGGUCUCGACCAAUUGCUAAUAUGUUGACUGUUGAAUUUCCGCGCUCAUUAGUUGAUGUUGUGACCAACUGGAAUCUACCGAUGCACUACUGGCUUAAACAAUAUAUGUUUAAAUCCUUUCGAAAAUACGGUGUUUUCGCCGCCAUCUUAUUCACAUACGUUGCCAGUUCUAUGUUACACAGUUUGAAUUUUCAAUUAUCUGCGGUGUUGUUGUCAAUUGGAGUAUUUGCUUAUAUUGAGAGUGUCUUCCGUCAUACUCUUGCUUGUGGAUUUAAUGCAUGCAUUGAAGCGAGACGAUGUAAGCAAGAUUGCAAACACAAAUAUAAGAAGUGGGACUUCUGGGUGAUGAGUGUAAAUUUACUGUUUGGUUUUGUGGCUGUUUGGAACCUGGCGUAUCUGGGCUGCUUAUUUGAUAAUUCUGCGGAAGAGGAUCAGGGAUACUCCAUGGCGCAUGCGCUGAAAAAGUGGAAAAAUUAUAAUUUCAUUAACCAUGUGGUGAUGAUGGCGACGUUUGUGCUGCAAGCACUUAUAAACAGAGGGAGUGUUUAUUAAAACAUAACUACACCUUUUUUUAUAAGUAACUCCUUCUUUGGUGUCAGGCCUUAGGUUCCUAAGGUUGGAGGUCUCCAUGACCCCAAGGUUGAGUGGUAUCCUAGCGCCUAAUUUUUUUUGACGUAAUACUUUCAAUUUUUGAAUCCUACUUUUUGUACCUUUAAACCGUAUUCGUCAGUAGUGACCUCGAAACAAAAUAAGCAUUUUUGUCCGAAGCAGACUAUAGUGUUGUUUUAGCACUAAUAUAUAUUGCUUUAGAGAAGACUGGUGAUGAAAGUGUUCAGGGGAUAGAUAUGGGGCAUAAGUGGUGUAAGUUGCCCAGUUUUUUGGAUUAAUUAAGGCCUAGACCCCUAGCAACUGGAUCGCGUAUAAAAAAAUCAUGUACAAGCUUUCCCACACAUUAUGGAUCUAAAAGCAAUUAUUGUGAUUUUCACACUGGCAGUACAACUUAAAUAAUCUCGUUUGUUUUUCAAAAAAUUGUUUAGUGUUCCAGCGCCUUUGCUUUGAUAAAUAUUUAUCACUGUUUGAUAAUACCCAAGAGCAAUAAAAUGUCUUGCGUUCCAGUGGAUUCGAUCUCACAUUUUUGCUCGCUCAUCUGUCCGUAAUUUAUUUUAAAUGUUGCUUAGCUUUACCAUUGUUGUUUAAUACAUUGGAUUGUAACAGCUUUCUGUUUUGUUAUUUAUAUAAGUAGUGGAUUUGAACGUACGAUAGAACAAGCUCACUCAAUGAGAUUUGUAUAUAUUUUUUAUUGGCAGUUUUUUAUUUAUUUUUAUGUGCAGUGAAACAUAUUUUUUUACUACACAAUACUCUUGAUCUUUUCCCCUCA